UGGUAAGCAAAAACCUACCAAAAGAAUUUUGCUAAAAGUCGUUAUGUCAGUUUUUGAUGUUUUUGGGUUCUUAUCACCAUUUACUAUACAGGGUAAAAUUAUGUUACAAGAAACUUGGCGCACGGGCGUAGACUGGGAUGACGUAAUUCCUGAUAACAUUUUUUAUAAGUGGUUAGAAUGGCUCGCACUACUACAGACGAUUAAAAAUAUACGUAUACCUAGAUGGUACCAGGCGCGUAUACCUGCUACGGAGGCGGAGCCUAUCAUGCCCGGCGCGCGUGAUUCACAGGGAGCGAGCCGGCCAGCAGAGUGCUACGAAGCUGCUACGGUUAACGCUACGAACUGUGCUAUGGGUACGUAUAAAGCAAGCCAAUUGUUUAAAGAUAGGUCAACGAAUAUAAACGUCACUGCUACGAAACCAAUGCAUUAUAAGAACUUGGAGCUACAUGUAUUUAGCGACGCGUCAACCAAAGCGAUGUGUGCCGUAGCCUAUUGGCGGUGGAUAGACGUUGAUACAAACGAAAUCUGUGUAUCAUUCAUAGCAAGUAAGUGCAGAGUGGCCCCUGUGAACUUUGUAACAGUGCCACGUUUAGAGUUGCAGGCUGCCUUGCUGGCGUGUAGAUUGGCUGAUACGAUUUCGAAGGAACACAGGCUUGAGGUAAAGAGGCGCGUAUUUUGGUGUGAUUCAACAACUGUUUUGCACUGGAUAUGCAAUAAUGCGCGCAACUAUAAGACGUUCGUAGCAAACCGGUUGGGCGAGAUCGAUGAACUGUCACGAAUGGAAGAGUGGCGAUACAUACCUACUAAGUUAAACGUUGCUGAUUGCGCAACAAGAGAGGUCUACGAUAAAACAGUGUUCGAAAAUGAUUGGUUCAGAGGGCCUAGGUUUUUGUAUGCUGAUGAGACGUGUUGGCCAAAACAUUUAAUGAAACCGGCUAACCAAUCAGAUCUUGAACAAAUCAAUAUCGUACAAGAUUUACCUGCAAUUUACUUACCUGUUCCAGAUUCGGGACGUUUUUCUUCUUGGUUGCGACUGGUCAGGUCAACCACUGCCGUACUGAAAUUUAUAAACAAAUGUAGGAAAAUUAAUGAACCUGAUUCGUUACUUAUGGAGCGUGCAGAACAAUUACUUCUUAAAGGGGCACAGAUGGACUCAUUCCCAAUCGAAUUGGCUGCAAUAAAAAACAGUAAGUACUUGGAUAAAAGUAGUAAGUUACUUACUUUAUCACCGGAACUCGAUACCUAUGGGAUACUUCGAGUUGGAGGUCGCAUUAACGCUGCGACGGGAGUUUCAUCUGAAAUGAAGAGUCCAGUUAUACUUGAUGGCCGACAUCACAUGUCCAGGUUGAUCAUCCAGCACUAUCACGUGAAAGCUGCUCACGGAAUCCAGGAAACAGUAGUCAAUAACCUGAAACAAAAGUAUUGGAUCAUAAAAUUGCGUCCUUCAGUUAAAUAUGUAACUUCACGUUGCAUGCUAUGUAGAUUAAAGCGAGCAAAGCCUGAAAUUCCUAGGAUGGGAGACUUACCCGCUGCUCGUGUGGCACACCACCAGCGACCCUUUACUCACUGUGGAGUAGAUCUGUUCGGGCCAAUGGAAGUGACAGUGGGUAGACGAAGAGAAAAGAGGUAUGGAGUUUUGUUUACCUGUCUCACCGUCCGAGCUGUACAUCUGGAAAUUGUACCAUCACUUACCUCCGAUUCCUUGAUAAUGGCGUUACGACGAAUGGCGGCAAGACGCGGCUGGCCACAACAGCUGUAUUCGGAUAACGGGACCAAUCUGAGAGGCGCUGAUACAGAACUAAAGAAAUCCAUUCAGGAGUUGGAUAGUGAAGUGCUUAAAAACGAAGCUGUGAAUAAUGGAGCGCUAUGGACCUUUAUCCCUCCGGCUAGUCCCCAUUGGGGUGGGGCUUGGGAACGGCUUAUUCGAAGCGUUAAGACUUCACUGAAGGUUGUACUGAAGGAACGUGCUCCUAGGGAAGAAGUACUAAGUACGUUAUUUGCAGAAGUUGAAAACAUUGUGAACAGUCGUCCACUAUCCCACGUUUCAGUUGAGCCAGGUAGUGAUGAAUCUCUAACGCCAAAUCAUUUCCUCUUGGGGUCAUCAUCGGUAAUGCCAACUCUUGGAGUGUUUGACCACUCAGACUUGUAUCUGCGUAAGCAGUGGCGGAAGGCGCAGUUGUUGGCAGAUAUGUUCUGGAAAAGGUGGGUUCGAGAGGUUUUGCCAGAGUUGUUGCCUAGGAAGAAAUGGACUCAGGAACAAAAACCACUACAGGUGGGAGACCUUGUACUCAUUGUCGAUUCUGACGCUCCUCGGAGCGUGUGGCAGAGGGGCAUUAUACAGAGUGUUUCUCCAGGUAGGGAUGGUCGAGUGAGAUUGGUCGAGGUUAAAACUAAAGCAGGUAUCUUUAAAAGAUCUGCCGCGCGCGUCGCACGUAUUCCUAUUGUUGAUGAGUGCUGA